AUGAGUGCAACUCUUCAACCAUAUUUAGAAGCUGUGAGGCACACUUUGGAAGCCGCAUUAUGUCUCGAACAAUUUAGUUCGCAAGUUGUUGAAAGACAUAAUAAACCAGAGGUUUGUAUUGAUUUUUAUAAUUAAAUUCGAAACAAAACAAGUAAUUGUUUCAGGUAGAAGUUCAAACAUCAAAGGAAUUAUUGAUGACACCGGUAGUUGUUGCGAGAAAUAAACAAGAAAAAGUGUUAAUCGAACCAUCAGUAAACUCGGUUAGAAUAUCAAUUGCGAUUAAACAAUCAGAUGAAAUCGAAAAGAUUUUAUGCCACAAGUUCACUCGAUUCAUGUGCCAACGUGCUGAUAACUUUUUCGUUCUCCGACGAAAACCUCUACCCGGAUAUGAUAUCUCAUUUUUAAUUACCGCCUCACACACCGAAGCAAUGUUCAAACACAAACUUGUCGACUUUUUACUCCAUUUUAUGCAAGAAAUUGACAAGGAAAUUAGCGAAAUGAAACUAUCAUUGAAUGCUCGAGCACGUGUUUCUGCUGAAGAAUUUUUGAAACGCUUUAAUUGA